GAGGCAAAGCAAAGCCAAACUAAAGCUACAUUUUUGCAGACCUAAAAUAUCUGCGAAUCUCUACAAAGAUGACGUCCAUUUCAAGUAUGGCUAGAUUCAAAAGUCCGACAAGGUCUUCAAAAGGACCCAGUUUUUCCGGUACAGGAACCAUUGGAACGGGACGAUCUUCACUUCGCCGCAGUGGAAGCAUGGGAAGUCUGACAAAGCGAUCCUCGGCCAACAUUGCUGCCAAUUUUGGAACUGGUUCCGGAACGAUGAAAUCUACCAAAGGAUCAGACUAUGACAACCUGGAAGCAGAAUACAUCAAAAAUCUACAGCAGCAGAUCUACUUUCUGGAGCUGGAAGCCAAUUUUCUUCGAGACCAAGCCAAGAAAGCAACUGAACUACAACCAAGGAUGACAGAAGAAGCUAGCAAGAUGUUGCAUAGACUCAAGGAGCUUCAGACCGAUGUUGACAGUCUACACCUGGAAGUGAGAAGGAAAGAAUCAAACUUGGACAUGGUCAGUACGGAAAAAGAGAGACUGGAUGGCAAGGUCAGGAUGUUAUCAGACAGUCACCAGCGUGAAAAGAAACUCUUGGUGGAGGAGGUUGUACAGCUGAAGAAACAGAACGAGAUGAUCCAACGAGAGAUACAUGAUAGAGAACAGCAGAUAUCCAUGGCAAGGGGGGAGCUAGAGAAGGGUUCCUCAUCGUUGUCUACCGCAGAACAUCGUAUUCAGAUGCUUGAGUCAGAGGUUCAGCAGAAGUCUGAUACUUUGAGAGCAACCCAGCUUGCAUUGGAAGAAAAGAGGACUGACCUGCUGAAAACCCAAACCCAACUACAGGAAAUGGAGGACAAAUAUUACUCUAGCACAGCAUCCAUACAAGAUCAAGCCGUCGAUGAAUUUAGGGAGGAGAUCAGACAAUUGCAGCGGAAACUGAAAGAGACUGAGAUGAAAGCAGAGCAAGAUCGAUUUCUAAAAAGCAAAAUGUCUGAGGAUGUGAACAAUCUAGUAAAAGAGAAUGCUAUGAUGGGAGCUCAGGUAUUAGAACUACAAAAACAACUGGACAGGGAAAAGAUGUUGAGAGAGUCUCGCGACACGCGUCACUCCACGCACAUCACCGAGCUUGUCACCGUCAAGGAUAAAGAGAAACAGCUCAAGUUUGAUCUUGAUCAGGCCAGAGAAGCCCUCAAGCAGGAGAGAGAAAGAGUUGCACAUCUUAUGAAACAGCUGUCGAAGCAGGACGAGAGACACACCCACAACACCCUCACCCAUAACACCACUAAGAGUCGACUUGCUGAGCUUGAGGGCAGACAGGGCGGGGUAGAACAGGAGAACGCCCAGCUCAGGCGGGAUAAGAUGCUGCUUGUUGAUCAUGUCUCUGACCUUCAAAAGCAGCUUGCAGAGAAGGAGCACGAGGUGAUGAGGCUUCACAGUCAUAUCCACACCUUGGAGAUCAGGCUGGACGAGACCUCUAGGCAGUCUGCUGCAGAAAGCACCAUCCAGACUCAGAAAUGGUCGGAGUUCGAGAAGAUGGCUGAAAGCAUGAAGAAGCUCUCCCAGAGCAUGACAGCCAGGUCCAUUACCCCAGAAUAUUCAUGAAACAUGGGUACCAGACACCAUAGGAGUUUUUGGAAAGGGGAAGGGGUGGGGGUAGAAAAUUCUGUAGUCACUGAUGUCGGCUUUGCAUGAAUAUCGUGACCGCACACCAAAAGUAGCACAGAGGCAGUUUUUCUGGUGUGGGAAAUGUCUGAAACAGAUAUCAAUGAAAUAUCCAAAAUACACUAGUAAAAGAAAAUGAUCUCAAACACAAGGUUUGGUGAGUUUCAAAAGAAGAAUUUAUUCUGUCAAGAUGUGAUUCAUAUCCAUGAAAUCUGCACUCACAGAUAUAGUUCUAGAUGAAUUGUGCAUCCAGAUGAUAUGAUUUGAUCAACCUCAAGUAAUAUUGUAAAAACAAAGAAGAAUUUUGUUUGGAAGAUUUCACUUCAUAAAAGUAUCCAUGAGUGGUGCUAUUAAAACAAUAUUUUCUGUGAAUCCAAGAAGGAAAAGAGGUUUUUCAUCAGUGCUUAGAUAACUCACCCAACUUGAGUGAAUGUUGGUGAUUGUCAAUGUAAUUAAUGAUGCUGUUAUUAGUUCAUGCUGUUUUCAUUGUUUAAAUGAUUGUAUUGUGUGGACAGGACAUAUCUACCUGAAGCUUGUGUGCCUUAAUUUUCAAAGUAUUCCCAGAGCUGUUCAGAAAAGGUUGUAAUUACUACGAUUUUCAUUCCUAAUCACGCUAUUACACUUACUACCUUAAUCGUCAUGCUUUUUAGCGCUACUAUGUAUGUACACAUUUAAUACACACUUAUUAAUACAUUGUGCAGUGGCAAACCCAUCCAAAUGCUGCAAAAAUGUCUAUUACACACAGGACUGUGUAUCUUAGUUACAUCGCUGCGCAUGUGAUCAUACUUGAUCUUGUGGUGUUUUCAUCUUGGACUUACGGUGUAUCAUGAAUUCAUGCAAAAGAGGAAAUAAUUCCUCUGGGGGAUUUUUUUGACAAGAUGCCUACAGCAUGACUCUGUUCUGGAGCCCGUUACCAAAAGUGCUGGUUUGAAAUGCGACUAAAGAAAUCAAGCGCAAGUCCCUAAUAAGCGCAUUUCAUUGGUUGAAAAAUGAAAAUGAAGUUACGUUUAAUUUUUGGAGUUGGGUUUGAUAGCAACCGGCCCCAGAACAUGGAAGACAACUUAGGAAUAUCAAGUUGAAUGCAUGAACAAGCAUCCAAGGAACCACAUGUAAUUACAAGUGCAUCAAGUUCAUAAGUCUGUUUACUUGUGCCUACAUCAUCGUUUUUUGUACAAUACUAGCCAUCGAAUGGCUCAAAGUUGAUGGUCCACGUACUUGUGAUUUCUAGCUGCAAGAAAGUUCAGAUUUGUUUUUGUUACCUACGAGUAUAUACAUGUAGUAUUAGAGGUUUGCGGUGCAUACAUGCAAAGUUGUUUAGAAUCUGUCUUUGUGCAUUCUGUAAAUGUUUUGCGAAAUGAAAGAAAGUUAGAAUCAAAGCGUGUGAUUAGAAUAGGAUUAGAACUUUAUUGUCAGCAAAACUAAGCCGUAUGUGGCUACUCUUAACAUUAUGCUCGGUCUUUUUAUAAAGGUGUUUGUAAGUUACGGUACCCACAUUUACACACGACUGGUAACCAUUUUUUUCGUUGAAAUCCAAUCUUUGUAUUAAGAAGCAUACACUGUUUUAACAUUAAAAUUAUUAUUUCAAAACUUUCAUUAGGUUUAAAGAAAACACCACAGUUUCUUUUUCCAUAGGGCAAAAUUUAGUGUAUCUCGUAUUAGGACAUUAACACCAGGUGGGUUUGAGUUUUAUAAAGCUGUUUGUAAGUUACAAGUGACUUUAUUAAUGACAAGUGACCCUUUCUUGUGCUUCAUGAUAAUCACUAUGUACACCUGUAAUUGACUUUCCACUGAAGAAAUAUGUUCCAGUAGUUCUUAAAGUUGUGCGUAACUUCACAAUCAGCUUUAUGAAAUGCCCACAACAGUAUUCUUGGAAAUAAAAUGUUUCAGAAC